AUGAAGUUUAUAGGUUUAAUCAACAGCUUAGAUGCUUUUACACUUUUAUUUGGCAUCAUUUAUACUUUAGUUUCAAUGGGCUUAUAUUAUUUUAAUUAAAAUAAAUCAAAUUAGUAAGGAAAACAAUUAUAUAAAUUAUCAGAAUUGUUAAUAAAAAUUAUAAAAGAAAUAUGUUUAAAUUAAGACUAGUGCUCUACUUAACCUAAAUAAAGGGCAUUUUAAAUAAAUAAAUUAAUUAAAUGGCAGAAACACAUUAAUAGAAAAAGAUUUAAGUAUUAAUUGUAGCAUCCGGAAGAAUUUAAAAAGAAUAUUAAUCGUAUAAAAAUGAAAUUAAACUAUUCGAAAACAUUAUAUAAGGGAAAGAAAAUAAUGAAUAAAAACGAAUCAUAUAUAAAGAAAUAAGUAACCAAUUAUUUUUAUUAUAGAAUGAAUUAUUAGUUGAAUCAAAAAGCAUGUUGCCUAAUACAUUUUUAAGAUUAGAAGAAAAAAAUUAAAAACUGAUUGAUUUAUUAGCCGAAUCUGGAUAGAUAAAUGAGCAACUAAAAGAAGAAGCAUUAUAAUGCAUAGAUCAAGUCUAAUUGUUCCUUAAUUUUAUAAAUCCUGUUAUGAUUUGA